UAAAACCUUAUCCCGCAAGGCAAUGUGGGUAACAGGAGCAAAAUGGCGGAAGGAUGCGACGAUUCAGCUUGUCGAACGGAGAUUUUAGCUCAUUUUCAGGAUAUAACUGGUUACAACGAUAUUGAGGAGUGUCGAGCAGUUCUUGAGAGGCACAAUUGGGAUAUCGAGACGGCAGUUCAAGAUACACUGAAUGAAGCAGAAGGGUCAGAGCCAGUUUUUCACCCUCGGCAAGACUCAUUUGAUGGUAGUGACGACGAGAAUGAUGGCAGAGAUGAAGAUUCAGCAACCCAGAGCCAAUUUUCAAGAACUACUGCAAACACCGGCACACCUAGAACAGUAGUGGUGGCACAAAGACAAAACCAGGGAUGGUUGUUUUGGGCUCUGGCCAUUCCAUUUCUUCCUUUUAGAUUUGCGUCCAGUAUUGUGAGAGAUCUUCUUGGAUUCAUUGUGAGAUUUAUCUGGCCAACAGCAUUUCAAGCUCAAACUACUCCACUGGAAGAUGUGUUACAGUUUAAGGCAGAAUUUGAAGCAGAGUAUGGAGCAGUCCAUCCCACAUUUUAUCAAGGAAGUUACAGUCAGGCUUUGGAUGAUGCCAAGAGAGAAUUACGUUUUCUUCUAGUCUACCUUCAUAGUUCAGAGCACCAGGACACAGUGGAAUUUUGCAGGUCAACAAUGACAAAUGAAGGAUUUAGGGAAUAUGUGAAUGGAAACAUGUUAUUUUGGGCAGCAAAUGUGAAAUCUACUGAAGGAUAUAAAGUUUCCCGUGCUCUUCGUGAAGCCACCUAUCCUUUUCUGGCCUUGAUAUGUCUUAGAGAUAACAGAAUGACGGUUGUUGGGCGAAUGGAAGGAUUGAUGAAUGUGGAUAGAUAUGUUUCACAUUUAGCGCGUUUAAUAGAAGAUAACGAGCCAGCCUUAGUAGUGGCCAGAGCGGACAGGCAGGAACGUACCCAAGCUCAACAGUUGCGUGAUGAACAAGACGAGGCCUAUUACGAGUCUGUCAGAGCUGACCAGGAGAAAGAAAGAAGAAAACGUGAAGAAGAGGACAAAAAGCGACUGGAGGAAGAGACUAAACGAAAGAAAGAAGAAGCUCGAAGAGACAGGGCACAGUCUAUAGCCCAGGACCGCUUGGAUAGAAAAUUAAGAAUUCCAGAAGAACCAGAGAAUUCUGAUCCCAAUUCAAUCCGUGUACUAAUUAAACUACCCAACGGCAAACGGCUGGAGAGGAGAUUUCUCAAGUCGCAUUCCUUGCAGGCUUUGUAUGACUUUGUGUUUUGCGAUGAGGAGUCACCGGCUGAAUUCGUCCUUGUUUCAAACUUUCCACGUAAAAUCUACGCUUUUGAUUCAUCAAAUGAAGACCAAACUUUGGAAACUGCCGGAAUUGAAGCCAAUGCAUUGCUCUUUGUGCAAAACGUGGAAGAUGAGAGCGACAGUGAUUGACUGUACGCCAGGCUUGGAAGAUGGUUUGUUAGAAACUCGUCAUUUAAUUAUUAGUUCUUUAGCGAGACCAGGGAGUUCUGUGUUCACGCCAGUGGCGUUUGGAUUGGGAUAUUUCAAUGUUAAUAGACUUGGAACGAAGCGACUAAACCAAGCAAGUGAAACGACCUGGCGAUUUAACGAAUGAUUUAAAGAACAUUCAAGGACACUAAAGAACUAAAACGAAACAAAGAGAUAAUAUAACAGUAGACUUCUGCUAAUUUAACGAACUUACAACCAAGCCAAGGCGGAGAAGAUUAUUGUACAAAGCACAAUGACAGAAAAACCCAACGGGAAUGUUAAUAUACCCUCGCGGAAAUGGAAUAUCUCUGACAUGGAAUAGACGGCGAACCUCGCAUAUUUAACUUUGAUAUACGCCACGGAAACAGACAUGGACGUGGACAAAGGUUUAGUUGUUAUCUGUCCGCGAAACACAAAGACACACAGGAGCUUCAUUUAAUGUUUAACUGAUUUAAGGCGCCGUCCACACUACGCGAGAGAAAUUUGAAAACGCAAUUUUAUUUCUACUGUUAGGCCAACCGCUUACCGUCCACA